AAGGCACACCAAAAUGUCACCAGUGUGGUGCUGCUUUAGACACGGUGCAGCAUGCGCUUCAAUAUUGUUCACAAUAGACGCUGUUUUAUUGAUUUUAGCAUUUCGCCAAAAUGCAUGUUCGCGUGAGAAUGUUAGGUAAACCUGAUACCAUAGUGGCUGUUGAAUCAAGACUGACUAAGAUAGACGGGUUCCGUAAAGUUAUAAAAGAAAAAUUUGGCGUUCUUCCGAAAUUACAACGUCUCCUUUACGGCGGAAAGUUGCUAGAAAAUGGUUACACAUUCCAUGACUACAACAUUAAAAUUAAUGAUGUUAUACAACUUAUGGUGCGAACCCAGCCGCUGAACCUAAACAACACAAAAAAUGCCAAAAAGGAGAAUACCAAUGAAGAACAAAACACAGUGGAUUAUAAAGAUGCUGAGAGUGUACUGUAUGAAAUAGGGGAUUUAGUUGAUAUAAGAGAUCAAGAACAUGGUGUUUGGUUUGAAGCUAAAAUAGUGGGGAUAGUUCACGAUCCUAAUGCAUCCGCUACCGAUAUUGAGGCACAACAGUCCAACAAUAUUACAGAGACAAAGAUUGAUAAAGAAAAUGACUCGGAAAAUAAACCUCCAAGUGUUCGCACUACUGCUAAUAGCUCUAAGUCCAAGGAGAAAGGUAUAAUUAAAUAUUUAACUAAAUCUUCAAAAAGUGUUAAGAAAAAAACUGUCAAAUUUGCUGACCAGUGCAGGACAACAGAUGUAGGAUUGUUGUACAAAGUUCAACUGGAUGCAGAAGAGGAGGAUUCAAACCAGUAUAUUACGUUAAAAAACAUUAGACCACGUGCACGCAAUGUGAUCAAUCGACAAGAUUUGAAAGUGGGCCAAAAAGUUAUGUUGAACUAUAACCUAGAGGAACCCCAAGAAAAGGGAUAUUGGUACGAUUUUAAAAUUGAAGAAAUAAAAGAAGCACGCAGGAGCUAUAGUCUCGUAGGAACAAUAUAUCUGGGCUCCGAAGCAAUCCCUCAAAACAACACUGAAGUCAGGAUUUCGGACAAAAUAUUUGCAAUAGAAGAAGUCAUUCCAUUAGCUGAGAGAACUGAAGAAUAUAAGAAAAUGAUGGUGACACAGCCUGAAAAAAGAUCGCGACCCUUAAAUUGUCUCACAUGUCGUGAUAAUGAAUAUUCUCUAUGCAAGGACUGCGGCUGCUGUGUGUGUUCAGGGAAGGACUUUCCAGAUAAAAUAGUCUUAUGUGAUGAAUGCAACAACGGGUACCACAUGAUUUGCCUGACGCCGCCACUGCUCGAACUGCCCGAGGAGGACUGGUACUGCCCGUCGUGCAAACGGGACACCACCGAAGUGGUCGCGCCUGGCGCUGCUAAGCAGGCCAAGAAGAGGAAGGCUUCCAGCAGCACCAGGGACUGGGGCAGAGGCAUGGCUUGUGUUGGUAAAACGAAGACUUGCACGAUGCCUGCUAACCAUUUUGGACCCAUCCCAGGCGUUGAUGUGGGCAUGUGCUGGAGAUUUAGAAUACAGCUCUCAGAGACUGGGGUGCAUCGACCUCCCGUGUCUGGUAUUCACGGACGUGACGUAGAGGGCGCUUAUAGUAUAGUACUGUCAGGUGGUUAUGAAGACGACGUAGACAAUGGGAACGAAUUCACGUACACCGGGAGCGGAGGCCGAGACCUGUCCGGCAACAAACGGACAGCCGAGCAGUCCUCCGACCAAACUCUCACCAGGGAGAAUAAGGCCCUGGCGAGGAACUGCGCGGUGAAUCAGAUAAAUGAGAAAGGCGGUGAUGCGGGUGAAAAUUGGCGCAUGGGCAAACCAGUGCGCGUGAUACGAUCCUACAAAAUGCUGAAACAUUUCCCAAAGUACGCUCCGAAGGAAGGCAUACGAUACGACGGUAUCUACAAAGUGGUCAAAUAUUACCCAGAAAAAGGAUUGUCCGGUUACAAAGUGUGGAAGUACCUGCUGCGGCGAGACGACCCCAGUCCGGCGCCCUGGGAGCCUACCGCGAAACAGUAUCCUAUUAUUUAUCCAGAUGGCUAUUUAGAAGCGGAAGCCGAGAAACAGGCAACAAAAGAGAAAUCCCGUAAAGGGUCCAAGUUAUCUAAGAAGCGAGCACUACGGGAGAAUAACCAAGGAUCUGAAGGCGAAUCACCUCCACCUGUCAAGAAAAAGAAGGCCAAUGAUAUCAAAGUUUCAAAACAAGGCGGAAAAGCCAAGAAUAACGUUAUUGUUAUGAAUUCAAGAGAAAAGAUAGCCAGAACGGCGGGGGAAGGUCCCGCGGAGAAUAUUACCAAAGGGAAAAAACAGAAACCAAAAGCGACUGAGACGAAUGACGGCCUGUCAGCCAACGAAAUGGAAGCCAUUAAGAAGGACACUCUCAAUGAGAAGCUGUGGAGGGAGUGCUUGGUUGUGUAUGAGGUCCGCGGGAAAGGGCAAUUCAUCGAGUAUUUAACACAAAUGUUCCUGUGCAUCAUAUGCCAAGAGGUAGCCGUCACUCCAGUCACCACGCCUUGUCUCCACAACUUCUGUUUAAGCUGCAUAAAGGGAGCUUUCAAAUCUACCGGCAAAAAAUGCCCGUGCUGUCGUCAAAGCCUGUCGAAAUACAAGCCGGAGACCAACAAGGAACUAACGAACGCCCUCCGCAGUGUCUUGACUGGAUACGACGCCGGCAGGAAUACAUCUGAAUGGUAGACGUUAACACGCUGUACGCUGUGCAUGAUAGAUACUGGAGUUACUUAAUUUUAUAUUACAAUUUCAUUGCCAUUUAUUAUACCUACAUAUAAUUACAGGUUUUUUAGUGAACAGUGCGCAUAAAAAAAUAUUGUAUUAACUUAUUAAUUAUGGAUAAUUCGUUUUUAUUUAUAAAUUUGUUUAAAAAUAAUUUAUGUACACUCUUAGAUUACAUUGAAAUAAAAAUCUGUACAUGUCAGUCGAUAAUGGCUGGACCGAUUUAUAUUAAUUCAAUGGAAAUAAUAGAAUAAGGAAUAUGAACAAGACAUUAUGGUGGAUUCUAAGGCGUCUAUCUAAACUUUGAAAUUAAAUUUUCCAUUUAAUAUCACAGGGAAAUCUAUUGUAAGGGCCGAUUUGAACUAAUUUUAACACAAACAGGUAAUGCUGCCCGUUAUCUUGGGUGCGCUGCCUGGAUAUGGCGCGAUUAAAAUAUAGGUAGAGGUAAGAGAUAAAUUUACAGUACCAUCCCCUUAGAAUCUAUCUCAGCCACUGUCUAAGUGUACACAAAAAAAAAGCAAAAAACAAAAAAGCAAAAAAAAAAUUGAAUAUAAUAUCUGUUUUUUUUUUAAUUAUAAUUAGUAACCUGUUUUUUAUAAUUUGUUUUUUUUUUAGCGUUUUAUUUGGUGAAUAUGUUGUGAUUUGUGUUUUAGUGUAAUUGAUAAUUUAAAAAUAAGAUUAGAUAAAUAAGAUUUUAAUACAUAAAUAAUGUUAUCCACGUCAGUUUGAUCAUUUUUAGAAUAUAUUAUAAGAUUUGUUUUUUUACUGAAUAAGAUAAAUAGAAACGAGUAUAUUUUGAUGUGAUUGUUUGAAGUAUGAGCACCAUUGUAUGUUUAAUUGAAUUUGAUUUUAAUUGGUAUUAUUGAUUUUUUUUUCAUUUUUUAUUAAUAUUGCUAUACAUAAAUACAUACAGAAGUUAAUACGUGGAUAAGGCACGAGUGUAGUUUAAUAUUUUUUUUUAUAGUCAGACAUUUGUAGGCGGUUAGAAAUUAGUGCAUGAUUGCGUUUCAUUUUUAGUGUUUUUCUUAGUACUGUUUUUAAUUUAAUUGUGAGUUAAAAAUUAUUUUAUAUGAAUGAUAAUGUUAUGUAAGUUAGUAGUUUUUUUUUUUAAUGUACAAUUAAGAAUAAGCAUGCCAAUUGAUUUAGUUUAAGUUGGUGAAUGAUUAUGUGUAAUUUAAUUUUUAUAAUGAUAAUGUGUAAUUUAAUUUUUAAAAAUAAACGUGUAAUUUAAUUUUUAAAAUAAUUACCAAAAUAAAUAUUCGAUAGAUAACAAUACCUCUUUUAUAACAUAGAAAUCGUGAAGUGAUAUGCUGGUAACACUAAGAACCAUUCGUCUCGUAAAUGCAUAUUAUUUCACUUUAAUUAAGACUACAGUAGCGUUUGAUUUGCAGUAAUGUAUCGAUCUUUUAAAGACUUGACACAUUUACUAAAUGAUACAAAUAUUUUCUUUUUUUUUUUUUAUUUGUUUAAAAACAGAACAGAUAAAAAGUAUUAUUGUGCAGUAAUUUACGUAUAUUAUUGAGUAGUUUGAAAUAAUUAUAACGAUUCGAUCACUGUUUACAGUUACAGCACUGAAGCAAUACUGUCAUUUGGUAAAUUAACCACUUUCCAAAAAAAAAUGUUUAAAUUUCUAAAUUAUUUAGUAUUCCAAAAACGCAGGGUUCUUCAUUUAAAAUAGUGUAGUAGCUAAAUAAAAAAAAAAAAGUAUUAAUAUUUUUUUAACUUAGCUAGGUAUUUUCUAAUGCACCGUUGUUUUGUAGAGGGCAUAGCAAGAUUCUUAAUUAAUUGUGUCAAAAAUAGACUUAUUUAAGAAUAAUUGAAGAAUAAAUAUCUCUCCGUCUACUUCAUUCAUACCAAAUUUUUAACGUAAAGUGUAAACUUAAAUACUUAAAUAGUUAUAGAAUGCUGUUUUGCGUAACGCUGAUUGUCAAUAAUUUAGAUAAUUAUACAUUCCUACCAUUUUAUGAUUAUAAUAUAAUAUAGUACAAACAGUUUUAGUUUAUAAAUUUUAUGUGGAAUAAAUUAAAUUGAUUACAGA